ACUCCUUUCAUAACAAAGGGCCUGAAAGAUGGGUGAGCACACCAUGCCAGGCUCCGGUGAAUUUCUGCCAUACUAUCAACAGACCGCCACUAGACCGGUGGUGGUGGUGUCGCCGCCAGGCGGAGAACUCUCCGACCCCAGCGUUGUCGUUCCCACCGACCACGUGUUGAGCCCUGGCAAUCCAAGCCCUACCUCAAGCAGUCAACUGAACCCCAAGGGCUGCAUUUCCAAACCAAUCCGAAGGCGGACCAGGGCUUCCAGGAGGACACCCACAACCCUCCUCAACGCCGACACCACCAAUUUUCGCGCCCUGGUGCAACAGUUCACUGGCUGCUCUAGUGGUAAUUCCUCCUCACACGGGGCUCAGAGAGGCCCUAUCAACUUGAGUUUUGGAGAGACGAGUGAUGAGCGCGUUGUUUCGGUGACUUCUAUGGUGGCGUCUUUCGGAUUGAAUGGUUAUAAUCAGCAAACAUGGCCUGAUCAACAGCAGCAGCAGCAACACCUACAAGAACAGCAGCAACAGUUUAGCCAAGAACCACAUGAACAAGUGUAUGGUGGUCAAGAGCAGCAAUAUAGUGUUUUCUCAUCCGACAAUAGUAAUAUUGUUAGUGAUGUCUAUUUCCCAAAUGAUAGUUAUUUCUUUUGAGGAUGGUGAGGAAAUUUAGAUAUUGUUGAAUUGUGACAAAAUUUUUAUGCAUGCCUAGCAAUGUAAAUUUUUUUUAAUUAAUGCAUGCGCAUUCAUGUGCUCUUGUUCUUAGUGUUUUAUUGCUAA